UAGGCGAGGGAGGAGCGAGCUGCGACUGCGAGCCCCGCCCCGGCGCUUGUCUCCAAGGGAUAAUAAACGUUGCCCAGCUCACUCCGCGCGCCAUCGCCUCCUCCCCUGCCGUGCCCUGCUCGGCUCUAUAUAUACGCGAGCGCACCAGCCCGGCAAGCAACAAUAAAGGCUGGGUAGAAGAGGAAGGGGAAGCUUGGACCGGUCGAGCUGAGCGAGCGAGAGGGAGAGGAAUUAAUGGGUGAGGAGGCCAGCUGCAACGCCGUCAGCGUGAUGGAGGCCGCCAAGCAGCAGCAGCCGCCCAAGGAGAACGGCCUCGCCGCUGCCGGGGAGGCCGUGACCGCGGCGGCGGCGCCCGACCCCCGGCUGCAGGGCAUCUCCGACGCCAUCCGCGUCGUCCCCCACUUCCCCAAGGAAGGCAUCAUGUUCAACGACAUCACGACGCUGCUGCUGCGCCCCGGGGUGUUCAAGGACGCCGUCGACCUCUUCGUCGAGCGCUACCGCGGCAUGGGCAUCGACGCCGUCGCCGGGAUUGAGGCCAGGGGCUUCAUAUUUGGCCCGGCGAUCGCGUUGGCCAUCGGCGCGAAGUUCAUACCGCUGCGCAAGCCUAGGAAGCUCCCAGGCGAGGUGAUCUCCGAGAAAUAUGUUCUCGAGUACGGGACUGACUGUUUAGAGAUGCACGUUGGAGCUAUCGUGCCUGCUGAGCGCGUGAUCAUCGUCGAUGACUUGGUUGCGACCGGUGGUACACUUUGUGCCGCGAUUAGGCUUCUCGAACGUGCUGGAGCUGAUGUGGUCGAGUGCGCAUGUCUCAUUGGGCUCCCAAAAUUUAAGAAUUUCUACAAGCUUAAUGGAAAGCCUGUCUACGUACUGGUGGAGUCCCGUGAAUCUGAUAAAUAAGAAGUGCCGGUCAGGAAUGAUGGUGGGUUCAUUCCUAGCUACUGCAUGCAAUUGAAAGGUGGAGGGGCAUCGACAACUAUGCCGUACAUUACUAUGGCUAGCUGCUAAGUCUUGGUGAGGGGAGAGGUUAGAGAGUGUAGUCUUGUAGGCUUGGUAGUUUUUUUUUUCAGAGUACUGAAGGAGCUUGUAGUUCUGCUGCCGGGAACAUGGUUAUUAGCUGAAUCAAGGUUGCUGCUGUUCCAUUGCUGGUUGAUUGGCGCAAUCUGCAUGAUAAACGGAACUUCAGAGAACAA